AUGACAUCUUUGAAAAGUGAUCUUGUUAAAGCCUAUCUUGAUGAAGAAAGUUUUUGGCAACAAAAAUGCAGAGAUAAAUGGCUUAGUAAUGGUGAUAGAAACACCAAAUUUUUCCAUGCCUCGGUGAAAGCCUCUAGGUCCAGAAAUGGAUUGGAAAUUUUGAUGGAUGGUAAUGGAAUUUUACAAAGAGCUGAAGCUUCUAAAGGAGAUGUGGCUGUAAAGUAUUUCUCUGAUCUUUUUAAAUCAUCUCAUCCUAAAGACUUUCAUGAUACUUUCAAGGAUUUCAAGCCUAGAGUUUCGGAUAGCAUUAAUAAUUUACUCAUCCAAGACGUUUCAAAAGAAGAUGUCAAGAAUGCAACCUUUUCUAUUAAAUCGGAUAGUGCACCUGGUGCAGAUGUAUCUUUAGAGAUUAUGGAUUUCUUCAGAAAAGGUUUUUUUCCAAGAGAAUGGAAUUUCACUCAAAUUUGCUUGAUUCCGAAAAAGGUUGGGUCUCCACUUAUGACUGAUCUGAGGCCUAUCAGUCUUUGCUCUGUGAUGUACAAGAUUAUUUCCAAAAUCAUAGCAUCAAGACUGAAACCCCAUCUUCCUCUGAUUGUUUCUCCAAAUCAAUCAGCAUUUGUCUCUGAAAGAUUGAUCUCAGACAAUAUUAUGAUUGCCCAUGAAGCUGUUCAUGCUUUAAGAACUCAUCCCAAGAUCUCAAAAGAGUUUAUGGCUAUGAAGACUGACAUGUCUAAAGCUUAUGACAGAGUUGAAUGGAGGUUUUUGGCUGAUCUUCUCAAGGCUCUUGGUUUUCAUCGUAAAUGGAUAGAUUGGGUUAUGUUCUGUGUCAAAUCAGUUUCAUACUCGGUUCUUAUUAACGGUCAAACGCAUGGUUUAAUCAUUCCAGAAAGAGGGUUAAGACAAGGUGAUCCCUUAUCCCCCUUCUUGUUUGUUCUAUGCACUGAAGGUUUGACUCAUCUCCUUAAUAAAGCUGAAAGAGAAGGUCUAAUAAAUGGUAUUCAAUUCUCGGAUUCGGGUCCUGCGGUUCAUCAUUUGUUAUUCGCAGAUGAUAGCUUAUUCAUGUGCAAGAUAGAAGAAAGCCAAUGUGCAACAAUCCAAAGUAUUUUGAAGGAGUACGGCGAAGCCACUGGUCAAGUAAUAAAUCGUGAUAAGUCUUCCUUGACUUUUGGUGAUCAUGUUGAAGAAAGUCUGAAGACGAUGGUAAAAGAAAAAUUUGGUAUUCACAAUGAAGGUGGAGCAGGCAAAUAUUUAGGCUUACCGGAAUGCUUCAGUGGAUCAAAAAGAGAGAUGUUGGCUUAUAUUCAAGAUAAUUUCAAGAAUAGAAUGUCCAACUGGUACUCAAGAUUGUUAUCACAAGGAGGAAAAGAAGUUUUGAUUAAGUUUGUGGCUAUGUCAAUGCCGGUGUAUGCAAUGACUUGUUUUAAACUUCCUAAAUAUACUUGUGAGAAGCUAACUUUUGCAAUGGCUGAUUUUUGGUGGGGAACAGAGCAGAAUAAAAGGAGUAUUCACUGGAUUAGCUGGGAAAAAAUGUGUAUUCCCAAAGAUCAAGGAGGCUUAGGUUUUCGUAAAAUUGAAGAUUUUAACCAAGCGUUGUUGGCAAAGCAAGCUUGGAGACUCCUUCAGGAUCCAGAAUGUCUUUUCUCUCAGGUUAUGAGAAGUAGAUACUAUGAUAAUGAUAACAUUCUAGAUGCUGAAAUAGGAACUCGGCCUUCCUUUGGGUGGAGAAGCAUACUUUUUGGAAGAGAUCUCCUUGAGAGAGGUUUAAGACUUAUGGUUGGUAACGGUGCUUCUAUAAGAGUAUGGACUGAUUUAUGGAUUGAGGAUGGAGAUUACAGAGCUCCUCUUAGAAAAAACAGUCUAGUAGAUUUGGAAUUAAAAGUGGAAGAUCUUAUUGAUCAUAGAAGGAAAUGGUGGGAUAGAGACAAGCUGGAGGAACACUUUUUACAACGAGACAUUGAUUUGAUCAUCAAAAUCAAACCGAUUUUAUCAUCUCCUGAUUUUUGGUGUUGGAAAGCUGAAAGGAGUGGAGAAUAUUCGGUGAAAUCUGGAUUUUGCUUGGCUAGUAAAGUUAACGCUUCGGUUGUUAGAGAAGAGAUGUUAAGACAACCCUCCUUUGAUGAAAUUAAAAAACAAAUUUGGUCCUCUCUCUGCCCAGCCAAAAUCAAAACAUUCAUGUGGAAAGUGAUUAGCGGGGCCAUUCCGGUCGUUGAUAAUUUCAUUUCAAGAGGUAUGAAGAUGGACACUCGGUGCCAAAUUUGCGGUCUUGAAGGUGAAUCUGCAAAUCAUGUUUUAUUCUCAUGUACAAGAGCAAGACAGGUAUGGGCUUCUUCUCAAUUUCCUACUCCAAAAGAUGGUUUCCAUGAAAAUUCAGUUUUUCAGAAUAUCUUUUAUUUGCUGAUGAGCUGGAAAAACAAAGAUAUUCCCUUAGAAAUUCGAAGAUUAUACCCUUGGAUUCUUUGGUUGCUUUGGAAAAACCGAAACUCUUUCCUCUUUGAAGCUAAGAAUUGUUCAGCCAUUGAUACUAUGGAUAAGAUUAGAGAUGAUACCAAUCAAUGGUUUCUAGCUCAAGAAAUAGAAAGAGUGGAUCAGGAGCUUGAUCGUAAUGGUGCCACGUUAAGAGCAAAGAAGUGGCUGCAUCCUCCUAUUUCAUGUAGAAAGUGUAAUAUUGGGCAUUCAUGGGAUAAAUCUAACUCAAUAGGAGGUGCUGCUUGGAUCUUAAGGAAUGAUAAAGGAGUGGUUUUAUUACAUAGUAGAUGCUCCUUCAGUCCUAUUCGUUCGCUUAAUGAUGCUAAGUUAGCAAGCUGGAUCUGGGCAGUGGAAAGUAUGUCAAGUUUGCAUCAGUCUAAUAUAAUUUUUGCGUCGGAAGCCUCAGAGUUGAUAGGAGCUUUAUCGAGACCUAAUGCCUGGCCUUCCUUCAAGUUUCAGGCUCUUGAAAUCUCCAAAGUUUUAAGCAAGAUCUCGGAUUGGAAAGCUGUUUAUGAGAGUCCGAGUACUAACAAAGGUGCUUCUCUUAUUGCUAAAAGUGUUACGAAUGAAGAUCGUCGACAAUCAUAUGUAGCUUUGGGCUACCCUUUUUGGAUGCAGAAUACAUUUAUAGAAGAAGGUGACACUGUUGUGUUGUAAAUCCUUUUGGUCUGUUUCUGCUUUGAUGUUUAGCUGUGAUAUUUUUUUUGUUUGUAAAAACUGGUUUGUUUGUUUAUAAUAAAAAAGCAAU